CCGGGGCGGAGACAGCGCACACCCUUGGCCGACUCCGAAGCUCCGCCGUGGGUCCCGCGGCACAGGUGUGUGCGAAACUAGCGCCAGCUCCGAGGAAGUCCGGUCCCCAGGCCAUGGGGGGACAGCUGAGGCUGCCACCCGGAGAGCCCUGCCGAGAAGGUUACGUGCUGUCUCUGGUCUGUUCUAACUCUUCCCAGGCUUCAUGUGAGAUCACAAAUGUGUCACAGCUGCUGCCUUAUCCUGUGCUCUACACGAACCCGAAUUCCACUAUAACCAACUUCAGCAUCUCAGCAAAUGUAGAAAACAAAUACAGUCUUUAUGCGGGCUUGGCAUUGGCCAUAAGCUCUAGCAUUUUUAUUGGCUCAAGUUUCAUACUCAAAAAGAAGGGUCUCUUACAACUGGCCAACAAGGGCAUCACUAGAGCAGGGCAAGGUGGACAUUCUUACCUGAAGGAAUGGGUGUGGUGGGCAGGACUGCUGUCAAUGGGAGCUGGGGAGGCAGCCAACUUUGCCGCUUACGCCUUUGCACCUGCCACCUUGAUCACGCCCUUGGGGGCACUGAGUGUUCUCGUAAGUGCAAUAUUGUCUUCUUAUUUUUUAAACGAGCACUUGAACAUUCAUGGGAAAAUAGGCUGCAUAUUAAGCAUAUUGGGGUCAACUGUGAUGGUUAUCCAUGCCCCUCAAGAAGAAGAAGUCACUUCUUUGCAUGAAAUGGAGAUGAAAUUGAGAGAUCCAGGGUUCAUUUCCUUCGCUGUGAUUGUCUCUGUGAUCUCCUUGGUGCUGAUGGUGCUUGUGGCACCGAAGAAAGGACAAACUAAUAUAUUGGUCUACAUAGCAAUCUGUUCUUUGAUCGGAGCCUUCUCAGUUUCUUCUGCCAAGGGCUUGGGAAUUGCCAUCAAGGAACUACUGGAGUGGAAGCCUGUUUACAAGAAUCCCCUGGUCUUUAUCCUGUUGGCUGUGCUUAUACUUUCAGUAACGACGCAGAUUAACUAUCUCAACAAAGCCCUGGACACUUUUAACACAUCUCUGGUGACUCCCAUUUAUUAUGUGUUCUUCACGUCCAUGGUGGUGACAUGUUCUGCCAUCUUGUUCCAGGAAUGGUAUGGCAUGAAAGCCAGAGAUGUCAUUGGUACCCUUAGUGGGUUCUUCACGAUCAUCAAUGGCAUCUUCCUUCUACAUGCUUUUAAAAACAUUGACAUCACCUGGAGUGAGCUCACAUCCACUGCUAAGACAGAAGUCCUUUCUCCAAAUGGCAGUCAGAACAGUUAUGUUUUAUUAGAGAAUGCAGAGUGUUCAGCCUUGGGGUAUGAUGAUGACAUCACCCUGUUUAGCAGGACUGAUGACCGCAGUCUCCACAAACUGUGAACUUCAACCAAGACACCUGGAGAGAAACAAUACUCUUUUUUAAAAUUUAAAUUAGAAGCAAUCUUGUUUUAGAAGUCAAUCCCAGUUCCCUCUCCCUCCCCUCCUCCCCUGCCCCCCAAGGAGAGUGAGGCCUUCCAUGGGGGAAUCUUCAAAG